CAAGUUUCAAUAGAUAACUUGAACUCUGAAGAAAUCGGUACGCGCUGCCAACAUUUCGUUUGUUGAUCAUAUUUAAAAAAUUGAAUGUUGUGCACCCUUGCAGGGCUACGGCGCGCAAUAGAAAAUUUUCUUGAAUGAACGCAUUGUACGAUUGAAAUAAACACGUAAACAUUAUUUUCAGUUAUAAUUGUGACAUUCAAGGCGUAAUCGGUUUGCGAACGGACUUGCAUUGAUAAACGACCUUAAAAACUUUUUACUACUAGUAAUAGUGAUGUGUUUUAUUUUUUUGUGAAAUUCUGGAUUCUAAAGACUUAUUUAGAUUGAAUAAAUAUACUGUUAUUCAUCAAAAACUAUAUCACUUCGACGUUCCUUGACGAAGGACAAGAAACUCCUCCAGAAAUCAACACAGAGAAGACAAGAUGAGCUUCAAUAAGAAUAAUCCUAACCCCAUGGGCAAGAUCAUGGGUUACCUUAAACAACUGUCCACCGAAAUGGGUGGAAACGAGCCGACCCGUCGUGGCCAAAACGACGAGGAGCGAUUAUAUCGCACACGUGGACCAAAGUACGCUCGAGUGCCAUCAAAACCCACGCUAUCAGCAUCUACCACCUGUACAUCAUUGGCCACUUCUUGUGGGUCCCAAGGAACCCUUGCUCCUAACUACGCUGCAAUCCCAGAAAACGUUUCGACGGAAAGUAGCAGCGAAGACGAGCAAGAUUCGUUUGAGAAAACUCGUCGCCAUUUUCAACAGCUUCGUCAAAUAAGUUUAGGCAACGAAUUUAAGUACAAAAUGGAAAUGGAAAUAAAAAGCGCUAAGGAAGAAAAUUUGCGCAAUUCAGUGCCAUAUGUGAAACAACUUAGCACGGACGGGAACAAAGUUAGUGAUUACACAAUAAAUGGAGAUGGACAACAGUUUGGACCAGCUACUCAACGCCUGUAUAUUUGGACACAGUUAUUUGCUGCAUUGGCUGUUUCGAUGGGAUCCCUUAUUGUUGGGUUUUCAUCGGGUUAUACAUCUCCCGCUUUGCUGAGCAUGAACCAAACUCUUUCCAUGACUAACGAUGAGAACAGUUGGGUGGGAGGAUUAAUGCCUUUAGCAGCCUUACUCGGCGGCAUAUUGGGCGGCCCAUUAAUAGAAUAUCUCGGAAGAAAAAUGACGAUACUGUGCACUGCAAUUCCGUUUUUCAUUGGAUGGAUGUUGAUUGCUAAUGCAGUUAAUGUAAUGAUGGUGUUUGCUGGCCGCGUAUUUUGUGGCGUAUGUGUGGGUGUCGGGAGUCUCGCAUUUCCAGUAUACCUAGGAGAAACAGUACAACCUGAAGUAAGAGGCACCCUCGGGCUACUUCCAACUGCGUUCGGAAAUACGGGAAUCCUACUUGCUUUCUUCGUGGGCACCUAUCUCAACUGGUCUCAUCUAGCAUUCUUUGGAGCGGCUCUACCAGUGCCAUUCUUCUUACUUAUGAUUGCUACACCUGAAACUCCUCGCUGGUAUCUAUCAAAAGGACGAGCUGACGAUGCUAAGAAAGCAUUACAAUGGCUACGUGGAAAAAACACUAAUAUUGAUAAAGAAUUAAGAGACCUCACACUAUCACAAGUAGAAUCAGACCGCAAAGGAGGAAAUGCUUUCGGCCAAUUGUUCACGAGAAAAUACAUGCCAGCGAUUCUUAUUUCUUUAGGUCUUAUGUUGUUCCAACAAUUAAGUGGUAUCAAUGCUGUUAUAUUUUACGCUUCAACAAUAUUUAAGAUGGCUGGAAGCACAGUUGAUGAAAAUGUAUGUAGUGUAAUUAUUGGUGUUGUUAACUUUAUAUCUACUUUUAUUGCAACCGCUAUAAUUGAUCGUCUAGGCAGAAAAAUGUUGUUAUAUAUUUCGUCUGUAGCAAUGAUCUUUACUUUAGUACCUCUUGGAGCAUACUUUUAUAUAAGGGAUGUCGGAACUGACGUCAGCGCAUACGGCUGGUUACCAUUGGCUUGUCUCGUUAUAUAUGUUCUCGGUUUCUCAAUCGGCUUUGGACCUAUUCCUUGGCUGAUGUUGGGUGAAAUUUUACCAUCAAAAAUCCGUGGUAGCGCCGCAUCGAUGGCGACAGGUUUCAACUGGACGUGUACAUUCAUUGUUACAAAAACAUUCCACAACAUUGUUGCAGUUAUAAACAUGUAUGGUACCGUUUGGUUAUUUGCCGCUUUGUGUAUAGCUGGGCUAUUUUUUGUUAUAUUUUUCGUACCGGAGACGAGGGGUAAAAGUUUAGAGGAGAUUGAAAAGAAAUUGACCGGGGGUUCAAGGCGAGUUCGUAAUAUAAAUGGUAAUAAACAGAUGCAGCAUGCGUAAAUGCAAGGGAUGUUUGGCGUUGUUAUUGUGGAGUUAAACACAUUCCAGGCCAUUCUGGCACUGUUUUAGAUUGACGUGAAUGCUGUGUUAUGUAGGUAUAAUCGGGAGGGGAAUCUGCAAAAUGCUCACGAGUAACAUUACUCAAUGUGUUUGCCGAUGCGUUUGAAGACUGAUUUGGAUUGUAUUUAAAGAAUCAUUUAGUGUGUAAAUAUAGUCAACAUUAGCUAUAGAAGUUAAAUAGUUCCUUUAUAUUUAAUGAUCUAGCUAACGAAAAUUUGGUUUUCUCAUCUCAAGAAUUAAAUGUGUAAGUGACUUCAAUAUCAAUAAAUUAGCCCAGUUUUAUAAGGUACAAAAUAAAAUAUUGUAAUAACGAAACAUUAAGUUAAUCUCUAGCAUCUAGACUAAUAAAGAUCUGUAAUAAAGGCAUUACUCUAAUCAUGACAAAUUAGAUUAUUAACCAAAUUAUGUAUAAAAUAAAAUAAUAUUAAUUAAUUGUAGUUUAGUUUGCACUCUAUGGUUCCUUCGUAGAACGAUAGAAAUAAUCUUAUACAUAUUACAAUGACUCCGUAUAUUACAGAGGCAAUAUUUAUUUGUUAUCUUUAUUAAAGAAAAGUUUUGAUAAAAA